AUGGCUGAACAAACAAAUCUGCCUGAAAACCCAGAUGACUGGACGGUGGACGACGUUUGUCAGUGGAUAACAGAAAAACUUAAGAUUGACUCAAAAUACACAGAGAUUUUGAAAAAUGAAGAAGUAAAUGGAAAGAGUUUAAAAAUAUCCAAUAAAAAUGAUCUUUUGGACAUGGGCAUAAAGCAUGGACCUGCUCUUCAAAUAAUAAAUUCUUUUAAGGAAUUGAAUAAAUCUUCUUCUGAAUGUCCUAAGCAAACAUCUGAAGAAAAAAAGGAUAUACAAACUGUAGACCAAUGUGUGGCACAGGAGAAAAAUAGAAAAAGGAGACGGCAUCACACAGAUCCAAAGAAAGAUACCAUCACCCAAGAGGAGGAAGUCUGUGAGUCACCCAAGACCAACCCUGGUAAAGAAACUGAAAACAAUGCUGAGGAAACAAAGGAUAAUCUGCCAUUUAGAGGAAGGUUAUGUCAAACAUAUCCUUUUGACAAGUUCCAUGAAAGCUUUCGUUACCGAGAGGGAGCUAUUAUGCCACCUGAAACGGGGCCAUUAAAUCUCAUUGAUCCAGCCCAUGAGUAUAAGGCAUUGACUAACACAGAGAGAGCCACAGAGGAAGAUAUCAUGAUGAAAUUUAGCAAUGAAGUCUUUCGAUUUGCUUCAGCCUGCAUGAAUCGCCGCACCAAUGGCACCAUCCAUUUUGGAGUAAAGGAUAGUCCUCAUGGAGAAAUUGUAGGGGUGAAACUCACCGAGGGAGAUAAAGAAAAAUUUGUUAACCACUUCUAUAAGAAGAUUGAGGUCUGUUUUGAUAAAGAUAACAUUCAUCAAGCAAAGCAGUGUAUUAGGCAACCCAGGUUUGUGGAAGUCUUACUGAAGAACAACGUUGUAUCUGAUAGAUUCGUCAUUGAGGUAGAUAUCGUCCCAAAGCACUCCAUUUGUGAAAAUAAAUAUUUCCAAGUUAAAUUGCAAAGUUUUAAAGAGAAUAGAUGGGAAAAAAAUACUGAAUUGUCUCUCUUUGUGAGGGACAAAACUAGUUCUAAUGACAUCUAUGCUAAUCCAAAGCAAAAAGAUGGAAAUUUUAAAGCAUUUUUAGCAGAUUUGGAGAUAUGGGUUAAAUUGAGAAAAGAAGCAGAUAACUAUCAACCAAAAGAAAUAAAAAUAGAAAAUGAGGGAACAAAGCUGGUUCAUCUUCUCACAGGAAACCAAGACUUAGAUAACUCUUACUAUGACUAUUACAUCCUCGUUGUAAAUAAGUGCCAUCCAAAUCAAGUCAAGCACCUGGACUUCCUAAAGGAAAUUGAAUUGUUUGCUGUGCUAGAGUUUGAUCCUGAAUCUCUGAGCACUGGAGUUGCCCAAGCUUAUAGAAAGACCCGAGCAGCCAAUCUUCACUUUCCAAACCAAUACCAAGAGAACAAAACUUCAAUUCCUGAAAAAAUUAAAAAUUUAAAUCUUUUUAAGCAAACCAGCUGGGUUUUCUGCAAUGGCAGGGUAGACAUCAACAUAGAAGAAUAUCAACCUUUAGAACUUAGUUCAUGGAUUAAAAAGAGAGCCACUAAAGUCAGGAAAUUAAUUUCGUUUCUUACAUGUGAAGACGUAAUGGCAUCUGAAAGGUUUUUAGUAGUGUUUCUAUUGCUGUCCCCAGUAGAGGAUCCCAAAGAUCCUUUCAUUGAGACAUUUUCUACUUUCUACCAAGAAUUAGGAGGAAUGGAAGACAUACUGUCUAUCUCAGUGGAUCAACAAAUAGGUGCGCAAUGGAAAGAACUUUUGGAAGGCAGAUUCUCCUCUACCGACCUCUUCAACAGAUGUAUUACUACUUUAAAUCUUGAACAGUUAAAUGGUACUAUUCUUAAACUAAAACCUCAGACUGAAUCUCCUAAAAGAUUUUUGCCAUCAAAUGGCUCUUCUAUCAUUCUUCAGAAGAAAGAUGAAGACACUAUGUCAGCACUGGAAAUCCUCUGUGAAAAUCAAUGUAAGGACACAGCCAUAGAGAAAGAUAAAGACAAAUUUGCUGAAUUCAGGAUAAAAGAAGAGAAACAUUUUUAUCUAGGUGGAAAAGUUUCAUGGUGGAACUUCUAUUUUUACUCUGAAAAUCAUACUUCGGAAUUUAUCAAAAGGGAUAGAUAUGAAACGCUUGAAGAGAUGAUACAGUCUUUAGCAAAUUCCCCUAGGGAAUCAUGUGCAGAAGUGAUCAAUUUGUAUCAUCAUCCAGGCUGUGGAGGAACCACAUUAGCAAUGCAUAUUCUCUGGGAACUGAAGAAAAAAUUCCGAUGUGCUGUGUUGAAGAAUAAAACAUUUGACUUCAAAGAGAUUGGAGAACAGGUGAGAACUUUAAUCAUGUAUGGCUCAGAGGACCAACAACGCUACAUGCCUGUACUCCUGCUUGUAGAUGAUUUCGAAGAUCAAGAAGUUGUGUCUGAUUUGCGCAAUCACAUUAUCUUAGCCAUUGAAGAAACUUAUAUUCAAUAUGAGACACCUUUAGUUAUCAUUCUAAAUUGCAUGAGAUCCCAGAAUCCUGAAAAAGAUGCUAAAAAUCCUUACAGUGUUGCAGUGAUAAACAAACUCUCCCCCAAAGAACAAAGAGCAUUUGAUAAAAAAUUUGAGGAUAUUGAAAAGAAGCACCAAAACUGUAGAGAUUUUUAUUCCUUUAUGAUCAUGAAAGAAAAUUUUGAUAAGACAUACAUUCAGAAUGUUGUGAAACAUUUUCUAAAAGGGUUGAACACUGACAGCAAAGAAGGACAAUUAAUUUCUUUUCUGUCUCUACUUAAUUCUUACGUUUCUGAUUCUGACAUCUCUGUACAACAGUGUGAAGAGUUCUUAGAGGUUACCAACCAAAGGGCUAAUUUGAAGAGAUGGAGCUUAGAAAAAAUAAUGGGGAAUUACUCUACAAUUCUCAUCUGUACCAAAGUGGGAGAUUAUAAGAGGUAUAAUGGGGUUCGUAUAGUUCAUCCUUUAAUUGCCAGUUGCUGUUUAGAAGAAUUGACAACUACUUCUGAAAUGAAACGGAGUGAUAUUGCAGUGAAUCUAUUAAAAGAAAAUACACUUUAUUUACCUGGAAUAAGAAGAAACAGAUUUGUGCGGAUUAUGCAAACUCUGCUGCUAAAAAGACAGAAAGAAUACAGUAAAAAAACACUGACAGCUGGGAAAGAUAUGAAUACUCUAUUUUCUCCUUUCCUUAUGGACAUCAAGGAAGGUGAGGGGAAUGAUCAGGUUCAGAGAGUCUUAAUUGAAGGAACAAUCAGAUUCGAGGAUUAUGCAUUGAUCUAUCAAGCCUUAGCAAGACAUUUUUAUAUUAAUGAAAGUGAUUUUGAUGCUGCCAUUUUUUACGCAGAGGAAGCAAAGAAGAAAAGUCCAAGGAAUUCCUUUGUCUCCGAUACACUUGGUCAAGUUUAUAAAAGCCAGCUGAUCUUCUAUAAGAAUAAAAUCUCACAAGGGAAAAUUGUAUCUCCUCAGGAACUAGAAUAUCUCCUAAGUAUAGCAGGGAAAGCUUCAAAUGCUUUCAAAGAUUCUCAGCAAUGCAAUGAGAACAAAGAUGACAAAAUCGAACGAUAUCAUAGAUAUAAAAGGAGUGAGUCAUAUAAUACAUCAUGUUACUUUGGAGAAAUAGAGGUUGGUAUACAGAUAAUUCAGCUUCUAGAAAAAGUCUUCCUUUUUGAUAAAAGAAGUGAAUCUUCUAAAGGGCUCAUGGGCCAACUUUUGUAUGGAAAUAGUGGUGUUCUACUAAAUCCUUCAAUUCAGGGCAAUAUAUAUUACCCGAUCAUUAAAAAGCACAUUGAUUAUUUAAAUGCUCUUCAAAAGCGUUUGGAAACAACUUUUGGUAUUCUUCAGGACUACUUUUCUCUUCUGAAAUCAAAAGACAACGAAAAGGAAAUUGUGGAAGAAAAAAACCAGGUUAAAAUGCAAAUGUUACGCAGCCAGUAUUUAUCUAUAUUCUCCAGCUCAGAGAUCAGAACAUCUUUUGGUGAAUCAUUCCAAGAGGUCAUUUGCUGGAAAGAUUUGGAGCUCUCUAAUGCAGCUAGGUUUUCUGGACUGCUGAAGUAUCUCACUAAAACUCAGGAAAACACUGCAACUAAAAUGGAAAGCAUAGUAAAUAGCUACAUGUUUCUAUUACAACAAGCAAGUUCAAUGAAGACAAGAGCAAAACAGAAUUUCAUCUUGGCCAACAUAAUUCUUAAUUGUUUGAAACCUAAUUCAGAGUUCAUAAAACCACUUGACGAACUUGAAGCAUUGCUUCAAGAAGUCUUGCUACAAGUAGGACUACAUUCUUCCUAUCCAGAUCCUUACUUCCUGGCCACCCUUUUGUUCUGGCCAGAAAACCAGCACCUGAAUCAGAAUUCCACACAAAUCACAGAUUACAUUAAAGCACUGAGAAGGUCCUUCUGGGACCGGUAUGGUCAGAUGUGUAGGGGCAAACAGCCAUUCACCCAUUUCUACCUUGGGAAUGACAGAGGCCUCAAUCGACUUGUUCACAGAGGAAAAAUUGAGCAGUGCUUCCAAGAUGAAUCAGACUUAAGCAUCCUUUGGCAACGUGGAGAUGUAUGGAGAGAAGAGAAAGUUAAAGACCUCUUGCUUCGUCUCAGUGGCAGAGUUGAAAAUGACCUUGUCUAUGUAGACUAUGGAACUAAAGGAAGCAUUGAAAUUCCAGUGCGCCCUGCUGUCUUAGGUCAGCUAAGACGUGGCCAAAGCAUGGAAAGAGUUUCUUUCUACCUGGGAUUUUCUACUGAAGGCCCAGUAGCUUAUGAUAUAAAAAAUAUUUAAAUUGGACUAAGAGGAAAGAUCUCAAAUGUCUUUGCCAGGUAGAGAACUCAUUUAGAUAAGACAUUUUGCACUGCAGACACAUUGCUUUGACAUUUUCUUUAAUUGCUUUCUCCGUAUAUUUUCAUUGGAUUUAGAGCCAAAGGGAACCACAGAAACCAUCUACUCCAUCUGUCUCAUUUUACAGAUGAGACAAAUGAAGAUCAUUGGGGGAAACAGUCUGCCUUCAGUCACAUAGCUCAUGGGUGGCAAAAGUAGUAUUUGAAUCAAAGCCCAUCUUACUGUACACCACAUCGCUUCCCCAAUUUCGUUCCCCAGCUAGAGUAUAAAUGCUUCUGAUACAGGUACCAUUUCUUUAGUUUGUAGCCCAAUUUAUCCAUAACCCAGGCCCUCGUAUGAUAUUUGUUCUACAUAUAGUGGGUUCUUUCCAUUCCUAUUUAGGAUUUCUCAUGUGGGAGUUUAUGGUAUAUUCAGGAAACAAAGUCAAAAUAUCAAGGGGUGGAAUUUAGUGGAAAAGAUUGGCAAGGAAAAGAUGUAUGCCAUAACUUGAAGGACAGCAUCCACUGGAGAUCAUCCUGGAGCAGUAGAUAUCUUUAAUACUUUUGUAAGACUUUUCUAUAAAUAAAUUUGCA